AUGAAAGAGACCCAGAGAGAUAAAGCCGGAGACGAGAAAUAAUCAAAGCGCGAGGGGGAGGCGAGGGGGGCGAGAGAGAGCGAAGAGCCGGACUGGGAGGAGAGAGCGGCCGAGUGGAGGGAAGGGAAGUAGUUGUGCGCACGAGUGUGUGCGUGUGCGCGCGUGUGCAGGGCGGGCGGGCGGGCGGGGGCCGGCUCCUCCUCCCCAGCCCGCUCCUCGCUCCUCGCCAACUCCGGGCCCAGCCGCGGGGGCGCACGGCGGGCGGACAGCAUGCUGAGCCUCCUCGUCUGGAUCCUCACUCUCUCCGACACUUUCUCCCAAGGGACCCAGACGCGCUUCAGCCAGGAGCCAGCCGAUCAGACCGUGGUGGCCGGACAGCGGGCCGUGCUCCCCUGCGUGCUGCUCAACUACUCGGGGAUCGUGCAAUGGACCAAGGACGGGCUGGCGCUGGGCAUGGGCCAGGGACUCAAAGCCUGGCCACGGUACCGGGUCGUGGGCUCCGCGGACGCCGGGCAGUACAACCUGGAGAUCACAGAUGCCGAGCUCUCUGACGAUGCCUCUUACGAAUGCCAGGCCACGGAGGCCGCCCUGCGCUCCCGGCGGGCGAAGCUCACCGUGCUCAUCCCCCCUGAGGACACCAGGAUCGAUGGAGGCCCCGUACUGCUGCUGCAAGCAGGCAUCCCCUACAACCUCACGUGCCGAGCCUUUAACGCCAAGCCUGCGGCGACCAUCAUCUGGUUCCGGGAUGGGACGCAGCAGGAGGGCGCUGUGGCCAGCACGGAGCUGCUGAAGGACGGGAAGAGGGAGACCACCGUCAGCCUGCUGCUCAUCAACCCCACAGACCUGGACAUCGGGCGUGUCUUCACCUGCCGCAGCAUGAACGAGGCCGCCCCCAGCGGCAGGGAGACCUCCAUUGAGCUUGAUGUGCACCACCCUCCCACGGUGACCCUGUCCAUCGAGCCACAGACGGUGCAGGAGGGCGAGCGUGUUGUCUUUACGUGCCAGGCCACAGCCAACCCUGAGAUCCUGGGCUACAGAUGGGCCAAGGGCGGCUUCUCCAUUGAAGAUGCCCAUGAGAGUCACUAUGAGACAAAUGUUGACUAUUCCUUCUUCACGGAGCCUGUGUCCUGUGAGGUUUACAACAAAGUGGGCAGCACCAACGUCAGCACUUUAGUGAAUGUCCACUUCGCCCCCCGGAUUGUGGUUGACCCUAAACCUACGACUACAGACAUUGGCUCUGAUGUGACGCUCACCUGUGUCUGGGUUGGGAACCCCCCCCUCACCCUCACCUGGACCAAAAAGGACUCCAACAUGGGGCCCAGGCCUCCUGGCUCCCCACCCGAGGCUGCUCUCUCUGCCCAGGUGCUGAGUAACAGCAACCAGCUGCUGCUGAAGUCAGUGACUCAGGCAGACGCCGGCACCUACACCUGCCGGGCCAUCGUGCCCCGCAUCGGAGUGGCCGAGCGGGAGGUGCCGCUCUACGUGAACGGGCCCCCCAUUAUCUCCAGCGAGGCGGUGCAGUACGCUGUCAGGGGAGACGGCGGCAAGGUGGAGUGUUUCAUCGGGAGCACACCUCCCCCAGACCGCAUUGCGUGGGCCUGGAAGGAGAACUUCCUGGAGGUGGGGACCCUGGAACGCUACACUGUGGAGAGGACCAACUCCGGCAGCGGGGUGCUGUCCACACUCACCAUCAACAACGUCAUGGAGGCCGACUUUCAGACCCACUAUAACUGCACUGCCUGGAACAGCUUCGGGCCAGGCACCGCCAUCAUCCAGCUGGAGGAGCGAGAGGUGCUGCCUGUGGGCAUCAUCGCCGGAGCCACCAUCGGCGCGGGCAUCCUGCUCACCUUCUCCUUCGUGGUCUUGGUGUUCUUCCUCUACCGGCGUCGCAAAGGCAGUCGCAAGGACGUGACCCUCAGGAAACUGGACAUCAAGGUGGAGACGGUGAACCGUGAGCCACUCACCAUGCACUCUGACCGGGAGGACGACACCGCCAGCGUCUCCACAGCCACCCGCGUCAUGAAAGCCAUCUACUCAUCCUUCAAGGACGACGUGGACUUAAAGCAGGACCUGCGCUGUGACACCAUCGACACCCGGGAGGAGUAUGAAAUGAAGGACCCCACCAAUGGCUACUACAACGUGCGCGCCCACGAGGACCGGCCGUCCUCCCGGGCGGUGCUCUACGCGGACUACCGCGCCCCCGGCCCCGCCCGCUUCGACGGCCGCCCGUCCUCCCGCCUCUCGCACUCGAGCGGCUACGCGCAGCUCAGCACCUACAGCCGCGCGCCCGCCGCCGACUACCCCGAGCCCGCGGCCCCCGGCCCCGCCGCGCCCGCCGGCGCCGACACGGCCAGCCAGCUGUCCUACGAGAACUACAGCUCCCACCCCUUCCCCGGGGCGACGGGGUACCCCACCUACCGCCUGGGCUACCCCCAGGGCCCCCCCUCCGGCCUGGAGCGGACCCCCUUCGAGGCCUACGACCCCAUCGGCAAGUACGCCACGGCCACGCGCUUCUCCUACACGUCGCAGCACUCGGACUACGGCCAGCGCUUCCAGCAGCGCAUGCAGACGCACGUGUAGCCCGCGGGGACCGCGUGGAAGGGGCGGGCGGGCGUCUCUGCGGGGCAGAGCAGACGCGGUUCCCUGAUAUUCAGGGGCGUUGCUCGUCGCUCCUGUCCCCGACCAGCCGUCCUCCUUCCGCCGUGGCAGGUGGGGGACAGGUCUCCCCCGAAACACCCACCCGAGGUGCUGCCCAGCCUCCUGGGCCCGCCCUUCCCUCUGCGCGGGAGGGUGUGUCUCUGACCUGCCCCCAGGGGGUGGGGCCGGGGAGGGUGAAGGUUGUGGGGAGCAGAGGAGGGGGGGCACUUUUUGGCAUUCCUAUCCCUUCCCAUCCCGCCCCUCUUGUCUCCCGGGGCGGGCGUGCAGGGGGUUCGUGUGGGAGUGGUGGGCUCUGGCCUGGGGACUUGCAGUGGAGGGUGAGUGGCCCUGGCACAUAGAGGUGGAAACAGGAUGGCCUGGCCGGUCCUCUGUCGUCUGCAUUUAUACCCCGUGUACCCCCCCCCCCGCCCCCCCUCAGGACUGCAGAAGGGCCCUGGGGUUUAUUUUACCUCUGUCUAGAGAACAGCCCUGGCACUGAGUUCAAAUCCAGCCCUCCUCCAGUGAGAUGAAAAUGCCCGCCAUCCUGGCAGCCCACUGCGGACGCCCGUCUGUCAGUCUACAGCGGGAUCCAGGUGUCCCCAUAGCUGCCCCCUUUCCUUCCCUGUGCUGGGCUGGCCAGACAUGUCAGGGGUCACCGUGGAAGAAGGAAAGGCCAGGGACUGUGUCCUGACUCACCAGCAAGACGACUGUGAGUGACCUAGCAGUUUCCAGAACCCAUGCCAGGGGAGCCCACCCACGCCCCUUUCUCUCCCCAGUCUGCCCCACUUCCUGGUUUGAAUUCCUGCCUGGGGAGAUGUGGGUGAGAGGGUAGGAGUACUGUAGGCUAUUUUUUCAAAGAAAAACAAAACAAAACCCCAACAAUAAUAAACAUCUCAUUUGGGAAAAAAAGGUAAUAAAGCUGUAGGGGGUCCCCCGCCCAAAUAGAAGUCUCCCGUGGGGAGGAUAGGGCACCUGCUCUCCACCAGAUCCCUGGCACCGACCAUUCCUCUGUCUCCGAGCACUUUGUCUCAGUCUUUAAACAUCCCGUGGUGAGACCUGGCUUGCGGAUGGGCUCCGACAGGCUGAGGGAGGGGACUGGCUCUCAGACACCUGUACCAGCCCAAGCCCACGGCUGCCUGGAGGCCACCUUCCGGGGGGUGGGGGGAGAUGUGCUCUUCACACAGGUUUUGCUUAAGCGUCUUUUUUCCCCUCUUGGAUCAAUCCUAUUCCUCCGCUUGCAGUGCCUUGAGCUCGGGUUGGCCGGCCCUGUGUGGGAGACUUGCAGGGAGGGGGCAUUCUGAGCCCCAGACACUGUCAAGUGUUGGCAGAUUUUAGGGGACAGAGGGGUCAGGGCGCCUGGUAAAAGGCAGGGCCGACUGGGUUAGGUGGCUCAGAGGGCACUGCAGGCGGCCGUGGCCCAUGCUGACACCCACACAUGCACGCACACAGUCCCCAUGGCUCUCAGCCGCCGCCUGCUAACCAAAGAGAACCAGCACUCCAAAGAAAACCCGUGUGGACCUCCCCCACCCCAGAGCAGGGCCUGGAGUGCACCCCAACUCGCUCAGCCCUACGACACAGGUGGGGCCUCCUGUGUGAUGCCCAGAAUGCGCGUCGGCCUUUCUCGUGGUCGCCAUUCAUGAUCGAGUUCGCUUUCAUGAGUUACGCGCCCAUCGGCCACGGGCACCCUUUGGAUGGGUCUGUGAGUGACAUUCCUGGCCUCGCAGCUACCUCUGUCCUCCAGGAGGGGCCCGAGCCCUGGCGACCUGCCCUUUUGGAAAUGUCCUGGCUCCUUCCCGUACCCCCCCCCCCCCGCCCCCACCGGAAGCUGACACCGCCCUGCGCAGUCCUUGUGUGUGAGCUCAGUGAGAAGGCCCGUUAAGGGUGCGGGCUCCUCCGCAAAUUCAUGCAUCUUGAUUUACAGAAUCCCAAAGCCGGGGGUGAUCUGUUACACAGGAAUAUUCCAACAGUCGUUUUUGUCUGGGGUUUGGUCAGAGUCUCCUGUUUCCCCCUUUUCGGUUGCAGCGUUGGGCCCCUUCUGUUGAAAUGAUGGAGAGGAGGGGGCCAAGGUCACUGGGUCACUCAGCUGGCGUUGAGGGAGCAUUCAUCUUCUGAGGCCUGAGACAGAGCCACUUCACUGUUCGCUGUCCCUUAACCUUCACUGGGGCCUCCUGGGUACCAAGCAAGGGAGGCAUUUUCCUGCCCAGCGACCACUUACAAGGGGAAGCCUGCAGGCUGAGGUGUGGGGACUGGGGGCAAGGCCUGAGGACAGCUGAGCCCUCUGUGGCGGGGCCUGUGGGAAGGGCAUGUGGCCGGCACACAGGGCACUGGCCGGCCACCUUCUGGGGGGUGGGGGGAGAUGUGCUCUUUUUCAAAUUUCAAAUUUGUCAGCACUUCUGACAAAUUCUGGAUCUGGAAGCGGUUCUUGUGCUGCUGGGUGAGCCACUGUUUCUUCGUGGACCACUAAAUCCUGGACCCCUCAGCCCACCCACAGAGUUUGCAUUAAGCAAAAACCUUAAGUCAGAAAGGAAGUGGCCAGGGGUUAGAGCAGUGCUGUUGUUUCGCUUGGGAUGGAAUGGUUGGUUUGACCACGGUCUCCAGGCCUCCAGGCACUGUGUCUUCUCACCCAGCAUCACUGAGGCAGCCUUCCUGCUUUCCAGGGUGGAGCACACGGCCCUAGGGCCUCUGCCCCCGGGGCCCUCUCCUUAACCAGUUGGCACUCUGUUCCAGCCUCAAGUCCUGGGCUCCUUAAAAUGGAAUCAAGUGGUCUGUCACUAUGGGGUUUGCAGAAAACGCUGUUAAAACCAAGACCCCAGCUGGACUGAACUGGCUUAGUUACUGCCUCUCUGCUGUGUGGACACUGCCCCACUGCUACACUGCCAAGGCCGCCCAGCCUCAGAGUCCUGGCUUCUCUGCCACUUCGGUGCCCUGUGUGCGGGCCAGGGGACUGCCCUGCCUCUGCAGGCCACCGCAUCUGGGGACUCACUCGUGGAAGGCAUCUGUGAAGCCCCUGGCCACGGUGGGACCAGCGAGGAAGUGAUAAUGAAGUGCACAGACCCAGGGAUGCCUUUGGGAAGGCAUUUAUUUUUGUGAGGAGGCUAUAAAAUUAGCAUUUAAAUAUCCCCUUCCCUUCUCUCUGCCUCUCCCUGCCCGGCUCCCCCUCCCUCUUCCUCUCGCCUCCUGGAGGCCAGCCUCCUGAAAGGCCUCACCUUGAUCAGCUUGUCCUGACCUUUCACCUCUGGCCUUGAGGAGAGGACAGAAAGACGUGGCUUGGGAGAUGGAGGGGAGGCAGAAUGCCAUUGUCCUGCAUCACUGUGAGGGCCAGGGCCUGCUCCCGGAGACAUUUGCUGUGCAUAUUGGUGGUUCCGGUACAAGCCUGCUCUUAAAAACAACUCUGUUUGCAUGUAACUCACUCAUUCUUACCAGUCUCCUGCCCCCUGCUGGCUUUGUGAUGGCUCCAGCCAGUGGUCUUGUCAAGUGUUGGGGAGGGGGCCAUGGGCUCCUCUGUGAGCGUCUGGAGAUCUUGAGAUGCUGCCCCUGUGAAUACCCCCAACUGGGGAGAGAGCAGCCCAGGUGCCAGUACAGUCAAACUCUCCGCUCACUCUCGUUAGCAAUAGUGACUCAGAAGAUUGGGCUGCUUCCAAUGUCACCAGAAAGAGACCCAGGGCCCCCUGUGGUCACAUUUUCUAUCCCAACCAUUCUUGGGGUUACAACCUCCAUUUCUGGCUCCAAAAGAAUUCUCCCCACCCGAACCCCAAUACUAAAUGGAUCCAUGAUAAUUAAAAGAAGAGAGAAAAAUAUUUUUGUUAGGACAGACCAUCGUAGAUUUUUAGCAAUGUGUAUCUGUGUGUCCUUCACAACUUUUCCUAUUCUGCCUUUUUUUCAUUUUCCUUUUUUAAAAAAUAUUAUGUACUAUAUUUUUAGUCUCAAACACACUAUAUAUUAUAUAUAUUUAAUUUUUAUAUAUAAAUAUAAAUGUUCUAAAAAGUA